AUGCCCCUCCUUUGUGCCGACUAUGAUGUUGUCUCCCUUAUAAACGGCAUCGGAUUUGGUUUUGAUGCCAACACUCACGACUACAAGAUAAUCAGCCAUUUCCAUCUCUACGAACCCGACCCUUACUUAGAAGAAUACUCCCCGAUAAUCAUGUACCGUAGUGAGGAUUCUACUAGAGGUAUGAGGACAAACCAGAAUGGGAUGGGUGCUUCGUGGGCAUCGGGUGAUAAUGGUAUAAAUUGGGAAGGUAUUUUGUCAUUUGACAUAACCAAGGAGGUAUUCCUAGAAACCCCGCUGCCAGAUGUUAGCGAUAUAGUGUAUCCCUUUCAUAAAUAUCAACAAUAUUUCUUGUUGAAUGAAUUGGUUGCUCUCGCUAUUUCUUGGAAAGUUAUAGGCGAAGAGGGGUCGCGAAUGUGGUGGGAUAUAUGGUUGUUGCAUGAAUAUGGGGUUACGGAAUCUUGGACAAAGCUGUUCAGGGUUGGCCCUCUUACUGGAGUUAUUCAACCAUUAGAAUAUUGGAUGAAUGACAUCAUAUUCUGGGAAAAAGAUGAUGGACAACUGGCCUUGUAUGACCCAUCUACCAAAGAGAUGACGAAUCUUCAAAUUGAAGGAGAAAGUCUCUCGUUCCAGGUUAUCACUUACAUGGAAAGCCUUGUUUCCAUAAGCGGAGCAAAUGAUAUAGUAUGA